UCGGGAAGCGUCUGCGCGCCUGAGCGUCAUCCCCCGCUAAAAACGGACAGACGCACCCGAAGCCACAGUCGAAAAAUUUUCGGCGCUCGAAGAGGCGGCUCUCUUGAGAGGGCACCGCCAGCGACAUAUACGCAUCCGAACAAAAGAAGAAAACAGAAACGCUUCGAAACCCGAGAAGUGCGAAUCGAACCGGCCUGCAAAGCAGAAUCGUUGUCGACAGAGAGUUUGGUGCUGAACGAGUCCGAGAGCUGAAGUCGCGAGUUGCGUUUUGCGGCGAAGAGUUACGGCGGCUGAAGACAUGGCGUUCCAGAGACCCUUCUUGAUCAUCCUGAAGCGGGACGAUUCUAGCCAGCCAUGGGGAUUCCGUGUGAGUGGUGGGGCCGACCUCGGCACACCUCCAACUGUCGACAAGGUGGUGGACGGCGGACUGGCGUCCCUUCAGGGCAUGCACAACGGCGACCUGAUCAUCCAGGUGGGGAAACACAACGUCCAGGACCUCACGGAGUCCCGCAUCAACGGCCUGUUGGCUCAUCCUUCCAAACGGCUCGAGAUCUUUGUCGUCCGAGAAGAUUUUCUCCAGAAGCCGAGAAGGGGAGAGCCCCCCACAGUAAAAGCGGUCGUACAUAACCAGUACAACUCGCCACUGCACCUCUACUCGCAGGAGAAAGUUGCCGAGACCUUGGCAUACCACGCCCAGGCUCUCGCAACAGAGGACGGGCUGAAUAACAUUCAACCCGCGGGGCUGCCUCAGAAUCUCGUUCGCUCGGCUGUCUUGCAGGCUCUGAACGAAGAAGAAAGCGGCCCAAAUCCGUACCGAACCGCAAACGGGACGACAGUGGUGCAGAGGAAAACUGCACCUCCGACUCCUCCCCCUAAACCGCGACCGCCUUCAUACGGCGGCGGGUCACCGCAGCAAGAGCGAGCGUACUCUUCAACAACCCACGUGACCUUCUCGAACCCGGGCACUCCCGGCACUCCCCCGAUCCAGCAGCCCCACUUCUACCCUCAGGCCCAGCAGCCUCAACAGCCGUCUCCCUACCACCCGCCACCAGCGUUCCAGUCGCAGCACUCGCGUCAGAGCAGCUACGAGGAGGAGCGCCGCAGGCAGCAGGUCCAGGAAGCCGAGCUGAGGCAAAGACUCUACGAAGAAGAACGUCUCAAGCAGGCCGAGUACGAAGAGGAGCGCUUCAGGCAGUUGCAAGAGCAGAGGGCCCAGAAGCUGCACCAGAUCCAGCAGCCGCAGGACAUCCGGCGCUACGAAGACGAGGCUGAGCAGAGAAGGGUUCAGGAGGAGAUCGAGAGGAGACGUCGCCUUCUGCAGGAGGAGGAGAACCGACGCAAGCAGGAGCAGCUGAGGCUUCGACAAGAACAGGAGCAGCAGAGGCAGCGGUACCAGCAGGAAGAGGAGCAGAGGAAGAUACUCGAGCAGCAGCGGCAGAAGUACCUGCUCGAAGAGCAAGAGAGGAAGCGGCAGCUGGAGCAGCAGAAGCAGCAGCAGCAGCAACAGCAAUACCAGCAGCAAUACCAGCAGCAACAGCAGCACCAGUAUCAGCAGCAACAGCAGCAGCAACAGUACCAGCGGUACCUUGAGGAGCAGAGGAGGGCAGAAGAGCAAAGGAAGCUUGCUGAUCAGCGAAGGCAGCAGGAAGCUAUCCGACAGAGGCAAUUCGAAGAGCAGCAGCGGGCUCAGCAGCACGCACAGCGUCAGCCUGUGAGUAGGCAGUGGUCGGCGUCGGAGUCUCAACAGCGCCAGUACCAGCCGAUUCCUGUGCCGAGCUCGCCUCUGCACCAGGAGCAAGUGGGUUCACAAACGCAGCGUUGGGAAGGCAAGAUUAGGGAAGAACAGCAGUCCAGGAUGCCAGGAACGCCAUUAGGGUCGCCUUCGGUUGCACGGAGGAACAGAGAUACCUGCUGGCCUCCCAAGGAGUCCAGCGUGCGGUGGACGCCAAAGACGGGAUUCUCCCCACAUCUGUCACGCCAAAGUUCACACGAUGCAAAGCAGUUCGUCUGGCCGCCCCCGAAAUCGAACGUGUCCAACGGCAGCGAAGGCUUCCCGUCCCGGCCAUCAAGCCGCAACGCCAUGAACGCCUGGCACCCGCCUUCUCCCACGUCGGGCACCAGGACGCCGCCCUUCGCGAAUUCUCCGACGCUCGGCCGACGCACCAGGGACAUCGCCUGGCCGCCGACGCAGCCCGACUCCCCCUCCAAGUUUGUCCCCAAGCCGGUCAGCCGGGGUUUCCACGAGCCGCAGGAGUUCCUUCACCACCAUGCCAGCUCUGGAGUUCCCGCUACCUACAGACCUCCCCCUAACUCCUCGCAAUUCCUGUAGAACGCCAUAGAGUCGACUCUCUUUUAACCGCUGUCCGUCCCGCUGUGGCUUGUCAGUGUCUCGGUUAUGCAUGGUCAACAUCGUCUUUGUUAAUGCAAAAUUGUGUCAUUACGAAAGCUAGCUCGAAAUUGACCAGCGUCCGUCCCGUGUUUCGCGUAGCAAAGUCGAAGGUACUACCGCUGGACAGCUGCCGAACCUUUCGGAUAAAAAAAAACAACAAAAAAAACAACAAAGAAAACAAGAGAGAAAGGAGAGAAGACAAGGUGGCGAUGCGUCGCUUUGAAAAGACUUCGUCAGCUACAAAAAGCUUUCAGAAACAAACAAAGAAGCGGUAGGAAAGGUGGUCGAGCCGAUGCUUUGAAAAGCCACGGUGGUGGUUGCCAGUAAGGUCGAGGCUGGGCAUCCGCGUUCUCUCCGUUUAUCAUUGAACGCAAUUUUGCAUAUCACGGCUUAACCGAUAGACCGAAGUGUAGCUGAAAAUAUUUCAAGAUAAAUCAACGCGAUCUAGACUCGUUUAUUGGCAUUAACGCUGUCAUAGGUGGUAGGCAUACUAUUAAGUCUGGCCUCUUGGUUUGACUUUAGAACGUCUCUUGGAGACUGUUGUAUUAGACAAGGAAAAGGUUGAAAGAACAAACCCACACACUGACAGGCCACAGUAGCGUUAAUUUCUGGUUCAGUCAGUCCAAGCCAAAAACGCUGCGCAGAGUUCGACAUUCCUAAAGCAUAUUUUUUUUCUGCUUGUCAACAUUUUUGUUUAAUUCUUUCCCAGACGCUUCGAUCCGGGCAAAACUGAGAGGGGAAGAGAAGUGUCCAGUUUUUAUAAAAUGUUUUUUUUUUAUCAAGACAUCAAAAACAACCGCGGGACAUACGAAAAUUAAUCUCCCUCGCUAAAGCUGCCGCUGAUUGGUUAAUGAGGCAUUAAGUGGCAAAACAAAUAGGUCUAGAAUGAUUCAUUAGUGGAGCAUAAAACAGAUAAAAGAGGAAGAAAGAUUGUAGGACGAUAAUUCAGGAAUGAGGUUAGUUGAGUUCUUGCGUUAAGAAAAGCGAUAAAAAGUGCAUUGGGAAUGUCGAACUGAUUCAGUGUAUAUAACGGCGUUGUACACACGAAUAUACGGUUUAGUGUAAACGAUUAGGAAUAUUUCUCAAUAUAAUUUAUGAAGUAUCAUUAAAUAUUUGAAAUUUUAAAAGACGUGACACAGGUUAACAUUGGCGUAAACGUUUUGACAAAACAAAAAUAGUUGUUUUCAUAUUUCAAUUGCGACAGGUUUUGUGUUGUGUUUAUGUCUAUUCGCCAGUGUGCGCAAUUUCUUAACCAGUUCUAACUUUUAACUAAAUAGGAUUUCUUUUCAAUUGCCCUUUAAAUGCGACAUAUUUUUCGUGUGCUUUCUAUUUUUUAUUUUGCAAUGUUUUUAUUGCUUCUUAUACAUACGUAUUUUAUGGCGUCUUGUGUAGAUGUUAUCUCAUGCAAACUUCUUAUUUAUUGCUUUGAAGAAAAAAAAAAAAGCCGUAUCGCAUCCCUGUAACUCGAGGUGAUACUAACCAAAACUAAUCCGACAGGCCGCGAUUACGCACGGAAAACUGUAAACACUGUGAUACAAUGUAGAGCUGCGCCUCUCGAUGGUUGUUUUCGGCAUAUUCUGGGCAUAGCAAUUGGCCACGCCAGACAAAGGCGGAGGCGUCAUUUGUUGAGGACGUUCAGUGUACAUAGGAGAAUGUGUUCUUUCCUUCCUGCACGCAUCCUUUCCCGGUUUAUUGAAGCUAACAUUGGUCCAAGACCCGUGGCCGGCACGACACGUCUCUAGGCGGUGUGCUGUCUUUGAUGAAGGUAACUACCCCUUUGAUACGACGCCCCGUGAAACUGAUCGUAUGAAGCAUAGAGCAAACCUCAUUAGGUUAGAACUAUGAUCGAACCUAAUGAAAGAGCCUUUCACAGUUCUGCUUAGUGAGGGCGUUUUCAGAUUUCUGCAGUGUACUAAUAGGUUAAAGAUGCCUUGAGCUCUCUGCCGAUAACACAUGAGUUCUGUUUACAUCGUUUGAAUUGCCAAGGUCACCUGUUCUCAGAAAAGGAAGUUGUUGAGCUUAAAAUUGUCGUAGCCUUUUGAAGUUUAGAAUGAGUGAUUCUGGUUGUCUAAAUAUACAUGCCCCGUCAACCUUUUUGCUUACCAUUUUGGGCACCAAAUUCGAGUUUGUAGGGAAAGGAGAGUUACAAAUCCUGGUACGAAGCCUGCGAUUCUAGUCAAUGCAUGGGGACAUUUCUAGUUGUUGUGCGUUUUGUUGUCAAAUUCUUGGGUGAGUUCUAGUCAACAGAGCAUCUUGGGUCACUUUAAGGUAUAAGUGUCCCCUUAGGAAAUUAAGUGGGAUUGAUUAAACAUUUUAAAGGUACAACGAACUGUAUUUCUCAUUAGCGUUGCUUGGCGACAGUUUAUAGGUAACAACAAUAAUAGAGGAAUCAUUGCAACUUUGAAUCAUCUGCAACUAGAGUCACUGAAUAUUUACAAGGUACAUAAUUGUGUUUUGCUUACUAGCACUCAACAACGCAGCUGACGUCAGACUGGGUACCACUGGGCAUUCGUUUUUGGGUGUUCUUUAUUGUCUCUUACGUGGAAAGGCUUGAGUUACGUAAAUUAUGUAAGCCGAAAUGAAACCGACAAUGAAUACUUUUUUUUCAUGGCUAACUUUCUGGGACAUUUUGUAGAAUAAGACGUUUUGGAGCAAAUAGCUGAUUUGUGUUCUAUGAUACUCAGGCAAUUACAGUCCUCGGGAAGAUUAUGAGUUUUUGUCAAGACAGUCAGAAAUUUAUAAUUUUGUGAUUGUAACCCAUAUGAUUCAACGCAAAAAAAAAGUAGAACCUUAGAAAAAUAAUUAUACGCGUCCAAAAGUUUAAUUACUGCUUAUUGAUCUUUUACGACUGUCAUCUAAAACAUUCCCGGAGAACAUUGCGAUGCUUUGUUGGUGUUCAGUCAAUUGAAAUUCUAAUUUUAGUGUUUGCACCGAGGCGAUGACGUCCAAGAAAGUAAGGCAUGUGUAAUUCAUAAUACACCACGGUAGAGUGAAUGACAGCCUGCAACGUGAGGUAUGCACCUCACGUUGCAGGCUGUCUGCCCGUAACGUCAUGUCAAGUCAUAUCAUGCUAUGUCAUGUCCUGUCAUGUCAUACUAUGUUUCGGCUGGCUGGUGUGAGGCCAAAUGGCUGCCAAAAACAAUUUAGUGAGAUGUUUGGACGCAGCUGAAAUGGUACCUGCAAACAUUCGGUGACUUUAGUUUCAACGUUAGACAAAGUACGGUGUGUUUCUUCUAUCUCACUAAUGUCUUUCUAUCUUUCUCUUUUUCCUUUUCCCCUUUCCCUUCUUUCUAUUCCCCCCCCCCUUUCUUCUCCGCCAUUUUCUUUUCUCUCUGUCCUCUCACACAGUCGGGACGCCGAUUUACCCCGUGUCGUUGUCGUGUGUUGCUUGAGCCAGUGUGUCGCAGGUCCGCAAUAACGCCGAUAGGCUUCUUCUCUCUAGCCAAGAGGAAGAGUAUUUAUAUAUUAUAACUUGUUCUAAAACUGCGAUUUCUUUUUUUUUUUUUAAAUUUGCGUGGAUUUUGUUUUGCGUUGUGUACGCUACGACAAGAUUAAUAAAGAAUGCAACAUUGUUUUAUUGUU